GUGUUUGGCUUGGGUCUUGGGUCUUGGGUCCUUGGGGCUCUAUAUAUACCUCGUUUCUCCAGGCCGGUAAAAAGUUCUUUUCUUUAGCUUCUGGCCUUCUGCUGCUCCGAUCUACUACUACUUAUUACGUACUCGCAUCUCACCAUGAAGCCGCUAUCGCUUCUGUCAGCGCUCGCCCUGGCGUUCCACGCGGUCAACACGGGCGUCGCCGUGUACCGCAGCCGCGCCGACGCCGCGGCCGUGGCGCUCGUGCUCGCGUCCUCGCUCGCGCUCGCGCUGCUCUUCCUCUGCCUGCGCCUCUACGAGGGCGCGCCCCCCGCCGAGGCCGCGAGGCGCCGGUGGCUGCGCCGCGCCGUCUGGCUGCUCUCCGCGGCGCUCACGGCGGCGUUCACGCGCCGCGUCGCGGGCGCAAUGCCGCCAGCGGGGGCCGUCCUCGUGUGGGCGAUGAGCGCGGCGACCGCUGGCGGAGGGUUCUACGCCCUCGUCGUCGUCGACGACGGCCGCGAUCUCGGCGCAAAAUAGCUAAUUAAUAAUAAUAAUAAUAAUAAUAAUAAAUGCAUAUGAUGCGUAUAUAUAUGUGACGUGAGUUACUUGCUAGUCAGGCGAUCCAUAGAAACAAAAUAAUACUACUAUUAAAAGGGAUCAAAGUACACAAAAUGUGUACGUAUGAGCACUUCACGCUCGUGUCGAUGUUCAGCUAGCCCAGUGGAUGCAGUACGAACCAAUACCAGCAUGCUCUGCUGGCUAUGGUGUUAUACAGUGCUUGUUAUUGUGAUUAUUCGUUGAGCUCUAUAUGUAGUGUGGUUGUUGUUGAUUAGGGAUCUCAAUUUGAUAUCAACAAAGGAUUAUAUAUUUAUCCAUUGAGUGA